GGAUGCACCCGUGGGGCAAUUAGCUACGUCAUUGUUCACCGCCGGACACCCGCUGUAAAUAAGGAAUGGAUUUAAAGGAGCUAUUAACGUAUUCAUAACAGAUUUCAGGUGAGUGAGUUUUCACUUUAAGAGUCGAGUAGCACUCAGACUAUGCAGCGGUAACAAUUAUGUAGGCCUAGACCACUCAGGUUUAUAGUAGUAGCCUUACACCGGGUAUCCGUCAUGUCGGAGAGCGGCGCAGUGAGCACACACAAGCCGCCGGUGUCGAGCCCCUCCUUUCAGGGGUCUGCACAUUUAAAUCAAAUCUACCUCGAAGUGUAAACCGCAGACUACUCUUGGGGCGUGAAUGGACAAUAAUCGAAAUGCUCUCCGUCAUGUUGGUUAGCCUCCUUCGUGCUGGGCUAACUAGCAGCAUUAGCAUCUCUGUUACCGCACGAGCGCCGCUGCACGUAACGUUAGCUUCCCUUCGCCGUGUGUUAUGUUCGCCGUUUCCAUGGAGUCGGAAUGUAUCUUUUAGAACGUCUCCGCCACCGUCACUCAUUGUUCGCCAGUCCUCACCGAGAGAGUUGACAUCUCAAACGAUCAGUCGUCUCCAUCAAGAGCUACAAGCUAUUAAAUCUGAGUUUUAUUGAGUAUUUUAGCGACACUGCGUGAUAAAGGCCUAGCUGCUGUCUGUUAGCCAAUGUGAGCCCGUCUGCCUGAGCAGGUGGGAGGGAACAGCUGUUGUUGUAAACGUGCUUCCGACCAGCCAGGACAUUUCCUCCAACUACUACUACUACCGACCACUUUUUUCUGUAUUAGUGGUCUGGAUUUUCGUGUAAGACUACACCUUUUAGUUGAUUACGACAUGUAGCUUUUGUUUUUUAGUACUUUUGAGAAGUGUGAUCGGUCAGCUAAUACUUUGUUUCGUUUUAAGUCACUGUGUUGACCUGGUUUACGGUAUAACCAUAAAUCCAUUGAUCACACAUAGUUACAUGGUUAUUUCGAGUGUUUUUGACUAAUCUGCUACACUUAUUGUUGUGAUAUGGUUAUGUAGGACACCGCUAUGGCCCUGCAAAGACUUUCCCUCCUUUUUAAAUGUGUUGUAGAGGAGGUGCUCUUUCACCAGAUCUGACAUUGCAUCCUCUACUGCACUGGUUCUGUCAUAGCAUUUCAUCUAACCAUGUCCAAACCAAACAGUCAAGUACAUCCGACCACAUUUUGUGUUAGGAUGAAUAUUGAUUCUUUGGCCUUGGCAUGAGUAGUUGUAAUCUAAAUGUACUGCAGUGCUAUCUCAAUUUGAAUGACCUGUGAUAACAAAAUGGCAUGUAAUAUUCAGGGUGCAUCUUUUUGUUUACUCCUGUAUAUGAUAGAGCUCCUGUAUGCUAAGACAUUAAGAUUGUUUUUUCAUUUGCCACACAUGUUUGUUUACAUUAUUGUUUACAUUCAUUUACUCAUAUAUAUGUCUUGUUUCUGCCCCUCAUAAAGCUAUGAACAAUGACCAUAGUUGACAGGUCAUCAGAGAAGUCUGACCACGAGUCAGUCGGGUGUAAACAAUCGCCCUUUUCCAGUGGAGACGCAGGAAUGGACGGCAGCUGUUCCAGCAGCUGGGCAGUGGGUCCAACCAUGCCCAGUGACUCUCCAAGACUAAAGGCUCCAGGAGGCUGCCUGGGGCCGACACCUGGAGCUGCUGUUUACAACAGUUCAUCCUCCUCUGUGGAAAGACCUAAGGAGCAAGGUGGGAAAAAGGGCUUUUCUCAGCUGGAGAGUUGAUUUAUUUUGAUACGGCUGUCUCUGAUUGAUUACAAAAGCGUCCUCACAGAAAAUGUCAUGUUGCUAGUAAACCUGUUUUUCCAAAAAAUUGGCUCUUAUUAGUUUAGGUGUCCUUCUCCUUAAGGCAAAUUGAGAAGUGUUGCCAAAAAUUAUAAUGCAUUGGUAUUGUAAAGUGGAACUGAUGAGGAUGAUGAACUUUUUCAUGCUAUUUUUGUUUGAGCGAGUGACACAACUGGUUUUGUAGGAGUUGUUUUCUUGCUUCCGCUCCACUUUCAUUCAUCCAGUUACAUAACCAGGCCAGUUUUGAAGUGAGAGCGUGAUCAAUCAGUUCAGCCGCUGACGCAUCAAUGUUUUGACAUUAAGAGCAGCAGCCUGACUUUCGCUAAAACAAAUGAGAAAAUAAAUUCUGUCUUUUCUCCUUCAGCCAGUUUCCACCUUAGUAGUCAUUUACAUAAAUGUGAAAUACAACCAGCUACAACAUUAUGAACAUCAUGGAAAUCUUGUGGAACAGCUCUAUCGAAGAUUAUACUUUGCAAAGCUUUUUCACUUUUAAUAUUUGUUGACGUGGUCAAUCAGCUGUUGAUUGUCCUUUAAAUGUAUUUUUGAAGUUUUGCUGGUUGUUGGUGGUACACUAAAGGGCAUCAAUAUUGUAAGGUGUUCCUAAUAUUUUGUUCCCCUAAUGAAUUGGACUACCGUAUUUUUCGCACUAUAAGGCGCACUUAAAAUCCUUUUGGCUUGUCGGAGCACUGCAGCUGCUGUAGCCUCAUGGAGUUAUUGAAUGAGUCAAAUAAAGUUUGACUUAUCUGACUGUUUUUUUUUACUCAAUGCGCUUUAUAAUCUGUUGCGCCUUGAUGUGUGAAAAUAGACGCGUUCAUUGAUGGUGCGCCUUAUAAUCAGGUGCGCCUUAUAGUGCGAAAAAUACUGUAAGUAAGAAAGACCCUUUGAUACAAUACACUUGUCAUGUCGAAAUUUGUCAUGUCAACAAAAACUGCCAAUUUAGAAGCUUUCUGAGAGUAGUAAUUGUGGUAGAGUUGUUAUAUUGGAUUGCAUUACAUUGUCCAGGUGCUCAUUAUAUUACGGUGGGUCAGUGUACAUUGGUUAUUCAGGGGAUAUAGAAUAUUGUUUAUGUCUGACAUGUAAAAUGUAUAGACCUUAAUUGUAGCAUUAACGGUUUGCUCUGUCUAUGCAGUGAUAAGCUGUGAUGAUGGCAUCGACUUGCCUCAGAAGGUCCUCUUCCCUCCAGAGCGACUCCACCUGAAGUGGACCCAGGUUCACCGCAUUGGUGCAGGUCUGCAAAACAUGGGGAACACCUGCUUCCUUAAUUCAGCUCUGCAGUGUCUCACCUACACCCCUCCGUUUGCAAACUACAUGCUGACACGGGAGCACUCCAAAACAUGUAAGUUGGUGUUUUUUAGUGCUUAUUAACACCAAGAACGUUUUCUUGAAUUUGUGCAAUAGUUCAAAUAUUUCUAAAUGUAAAUUCUGGCCAUUUUAACAUGGUUACGAGCCAUUUUCUUGCUGCGAUAAUCAACUCUGGAUCAUCAAAGUCAAUCUUCAUCUGUCCUCCUGCAGGUCAUGAACCAGGAUUCUGUAUGAUGUGCACCAUGCAAAACCACAUCGUUCAGGUUUUUGCCAACUCUGGGAAUGUCAUUAAGCCCAUUGGUGUGCUCAAUGAGCUUAAAAGUAAGUAGUUACCUGAAGAGUCACAACACCUAAGUUACACCCUCUUCUAAUAGAUAAUCCAGAUAAACAACAGGAGGCGCUAUGGACCUGUUUACCGUUGUGAUUUUGGAGGGAAAUCUUUAUUUGGCUUUUCAUCGUCCGCAGUAGAAAGACUUUUUAGACUUGUGAAAGUGUGAGACCAUAUCAUAACUCUUCUUCUAACUUUGUUUUUUUCCUGCUCAGGGAUUGCAAAGCACUUCCGCUACGGGAGCCAGGAGGAUGCACAUGAGUUCCUGCGGUACACAGUGGAUGCUAUGCAAAAGUCCUGCUUACCUGGAACCAAGUAAGUUUCAUCCAUUCCUAAAUCCUACUCAGCCAAGAUGAAACACAGUCAUACUAGUUUAAAGACAGGACUUUAUUUUUGGCAUUCUCAAAUGAGUUAAUUUGGAAUGAUUUUAGGCAAGUAAAUUUACUGCCAAGUUAAUUAUGUACACAUACAUGUUAAAUACGUUCUCUGGGCUAGUCAUUGUGGUUCUCAGGGAACCUGUGAAAAGAUAUUUAAAGAACAAAGUAUAAAGUUUGUUCUUCUGCAGUAACAGGUGUUCAUAACUGAUGAUUCUGGCUCUGAUUGUUUUUCUGUUUCACCCCUGCUCUUUGUCGUAUCACCGAACAGUUCAAUAUACUCUUAAGGAAAUUUUUAUCAUAUUUGCCUGAAUUUAUAAUACAGUGUUAUAUUGUUGUGAGUCUGUGAUUUUUUUGAUAACCUUUACUGGUUAUUUUCAUCUUGAUGUUUAUCUUUGUGACAGAUUGGACAGGCAAACGCAGGCAACUACUUUCAUUCAUCAAGUAUUUGGUGGGCACCUUAGGUCCAGAGGUAAAUGAAAUUAGUUGAUUUGUCUCUGCUUCAUGAUAUCUUGCUGUUGUUGCUCUUUUUAAACAGCUUUUUUAACACAUUUUUUUAAAACACUGAUUUAUCUUUUUUUUUUUCAGUUAAAUGUUUAAACUGCAAAGCAGUCUCUGAUACAUUUGACCCUUUUCUGGAUAUUACUCUGGAAAUUAAGGUAAGAAAGCAAGAUCAUUUUGACAUACAGGUCUUUCAUCUCUGAUGUAUCAAAUGAUAAACAAACUUAUUGGUCAACUAUGUAAAGAGCAAUACUCUUUUCUUGUCUCCAUGCAGACAGCUCUCAGUGUCUCCAAAGCUCUGGAGCAGUUUGUCAAGCCUGAACAGCUGGAUGGAGAAAACGCCUACAAAUGCACCAAGUAAGUUGUUUUAUUGUGAAAUAAAAAGGGUGUCUGCUUCUUGUCACAUUUUAUUUCCUUUAUCCGUUUUUUUUUUUUAAAGCUUUUUGUGAGCUUAACAACUGAAAUUUGUUUCUUCUAGGUGCAAAAAAAUGGUCACAGCCUCAAAGAGAUUCACAAUCCAUCGCAGUUCAAACGUGCUCACCCUCUCACUCAAACGUUUCGCUAACUUCAGUGGAGGCAAAAUCACAAAGGUACCAUUGUAAAAUAGAAAACCAUGAUUAAGCUAUAGAUUAGUACGUGUUGUAAAAUUGUUCCAUAAGUUUCCCUCAUAGCAGUUUACUAACAGCAUUUUUUUUUUUGCCAUUAGGAUGUGAAAUAUCCAGAGUACCUGGACCUUCGGCCCUUCAUGUCACAGUCCCAGGGUGAGCCCCUCAUCUAUGGGCUGUAUGCUGUGCUGGUCCAUUCAGGAUUCAGCUGUCAUGCUGGCCACUACUUCUGCUAUAUUAAGGUACUGGCUACAUAAUCACUGCUUAAGUCUGUCAUGGCACUCCAGUUGCCAAACACAUACGCACCAAAUUGCAUCUCCAGCAUCAUCAAAAGAGUUCCAUGCAGAGCUUCCAUGAUAACUUUUUGCUUAGUUAUUUUAAGGUUAAAACAGGGAAAACUGUGUGCACCAUAAAAGUUAUUUUUGUGUUUUAGAGUAAAUAGCAUAAAGAAAUUAUAGAGGUGUGUAUUAGACAGACCUCCCUAGCCUUUAUUGUGAAAAAAAAAAAAAGGUUGAUAUGUAAUAUUGGAGAUCUUGUUUCGCAUCUGUGUUAAAACCCGCCAACUGUUCUGUUGUGUUUCCAGGCAAGCAAUGGGCAGUGGUAUCAAAUGAACGACUCCUCUGUGUCGGUCAGUGACAUCCGGUCUGUUCUCAACCAGCAGGCCUAUGUGCUUUUCUACAUCAAGUAAGUAAAAGCAUUCUUGGCAACAAGGGUUUCUGUUAAUCUGAGCCUAAAUUCAAAUUUCUCGUUUUAAUGUUCCCUUGUGCUAACGCCUCUACAUUUUUUUGUCAUUAGGUCUAGUGACAUGAAAAAAACUGGAGAUUAUGGUCAUAUGGGUCAUAACCCAGGAAUUCCUGGUCAGUCAUCUCCCAGGCCAGUAGUGAUACCACGCAUCAACACCGGUGCCCACUCCAAUAACGUCGGCUUUAUAGGUCCCCAGCUGCCGCCACACAUGUCAAAAGUACUGCACUCUCGUUUACUUGCUUAUUAGAGAUGUAGCCAGUGUUUGACCGAGAAACUCAAACCAUGCUCUUGAUUUUAUUUUGUCUUCCUCAGAGCUCACUUCAUGUCAAUGGGAAUGGAUCCCUGAGGGAUUAUCAUCACACUAACUCAAAGCCCAGCACCAGCAGCAGUGUUGUGGGAAAACCCAACCAUGGACUGGGCUCCUCCUCCUCCUCAUCCAUCUCCCACUCCAUCAGCCGACCCACAAUGAUCCCUGAUCACGACAAACGCCAGAAGCUUUCAUUCUUUAUCGGACAAGGCAAACAGAACCGCCCGUCCACCUCCUCUUUGUCAUCCUCCUCCUCCUCCUCCUCCUCCUCCUCCUCCUCUUCCUCCUCCUCCUACAGCCAGCCGUCCUCUGCAAGCAGCUCCUCCAGCUCUUUAUCCUCCUCACAGUCUACCUCAGACGUCCAGUCAGACAUUCGCUUCGUUCCACGCCAGCUUAACCGCGUUAAUGGCACACCUUGCAGUAAUGGGGAGCGACACGCUGGAGGUAACGGAGCAUCCUUUUUGGUUCCGUACAGUCAGGAGUCCUCAGAGGAAUCUGACCAGGAGAACUGUGGCACCCUGGAAAAUGGCUGUUUGGGCAAGUCUCACCUAAAUGGUAACAAAAAAACAGGAGAAAUCUGUAAUAACUCUCCGAAAGCAACAAACGGGGAGGCAGGAGUGCACCAUAAUGGUAACGGAUUGAAUGGCCACCAUUAUGGCCACCACAAAGUGAACGGACACAACAACUCUGACAAAGUAAGUUAUCGCCUCGUGUGUCUUUGCUGUCUUUCUACGUGAUAUUGAUCCCUCUUUUCAUAGACUUGAUGUUCCUUAAUUAACAAUCCUGUGUUGUGCAUCACACAGAUCUCUGGCAGUAAUUAUGGCAGUUCAUCCUCUGUGGCUACCGCCCCUGUUAAUGGACUGGACAGUGACCACAGUCACACAAGGUAAGAUGAGUUGUCUAACACUAAACUGGAAAACAAGCACCUUUAAGACCUGGAGGUGUGAUUGAAAGCCAUGUCUGCUCUUUUUUUUCCAGCAAAGAGGCACAUAAUUCAGCCUCAUCCCAGGCCAGUUCUUCCCAGAGCAUCCACACUGCUACCAAUGACAGCCAGCUUCUCGUCACCCCUGACAAAAGAGCUACAACUGAUUGCGAGCCCCUCCCUCAGCAUCCGCCACCCUCCACUGCUAGCUUGUCGUCUUCUUCUUCAUCCACCGCUACAAAGACAUCCACAGAAUCUGCAACAUUUUCCGCCCAUAAUGGCAUCAUCAAUGGGGCCUUAACUACCCCGCCAGACAGCUACCAAAGCUCAAACGGGCCCUCUGUGGCUCUGCUGAAGGUGGGCAACGGUGGGGAUGAAGCAAUGGAUCGACCACAACAGAACGGUGUAUUAGCAGGGACUGAUGAGCGUACAGAUGCCAAGGAGCAGCACCAGUACAAGCACAGUUCUCGCAGUAAUGAAGGACAAUCUUUCCGAGACAGGGAGAGAGACCGGUUCUACUCUGACUGGAGCAGAGACAAAGAGAGACAUUACAGAGACAGAAGUACGGAGAGAGAAAGUGACGGUGACCGCCACAGGUACAGGCGGGAUUACAGAGAUCACCAUCACCGCUCAUACAGAGAUCGUUUGCCUCAUCCAGAUCGUUACUACAGAGACUGGGAGUCUGAGCGUCGCUGGGACAGACACCCUCACCACCCAAGAGAGCGAGAUCGCGACAGGUGCUCAAACCAUUACCAUCGCUACCACCACCACCGGUCUAAAGAGGACUGGGAGCGUGGGCGAAAGGGACACUGUUACCCUUACCGAGAUGAGUCGAAUGGACGCAGGAGGUGGCAGGAGGAGAAUCGGGAAUCCCGAGUGAUGAAAGACAAGAACAAUGUUAGAGAGAGAGACAAUUUUUCCUCUGCAACAGAAAACUCCUCAAAGCCCAACAGCUCUUCCCCUCGAGCUCGUCCCUCUGCGUUUGAACCUGCUCCAAACAAGGAGGAUCCAAAUUACAAGAGGAGCCGCAGUAGAGACAGGGAGGGCAGCACUGAGACCCGUCGCUCCAAGAAACACAAAAAAAGCAAGAAGAAGAAGAAGUCAAAGGAUAAAGAGCGGCACCAUGAGAGCGGGUAAGUGACACCAUGCUGUCACAAUCGUGAAUUACCAGAUUUAAUCUGCAGCUCAGGCGAGAGUCACUUAUGAAGCAAUUUCAUAAACAAAGUGAUCUGAAUAUUUUGUGGGUUUUAACUUUUCAUUACCUUCAGCUCUAAAGUAGUGAAGAAUAUUCUAUCUUUUUUAAUAAUUCGGAAAAGUCCACACAAGAAUACUUUUUGAUAUCAAGCAUAUUCUAUGAGAAAUUGCAUUUCAGCAAAAAAUGGGUACAGCUGUGAUUUGGUAAAAACGUAUAAUCAAAGGAAAAUAAAACAAAGCUGAAACAAAGAGGAAAAUUUAAUCUUCUCAUCGACAACUUUUUUGCCUUUCAGCAAAAAGUGCUUCUAUCAGUUUUUGUUGUCACUAGAAUAUUAUCAUAUCUUUCCUAGAAUGAUAAAAAUGCCUCAUACCAGUUUGUUUGUUUGUUUCGUUCAUGGAUUGAUUGGUCACAGCUCUGCUUUUGCAUUUCCUUCCAGAAGCUCAGACAUUGACUCUGACAGAGCCGCUGAAACAAAGAAAAAGAAGAAAAAAAAGAGGCGGCAGCAGGACAGCGAGCCCGAGACGCACAGCCCGGAAGCUGCUCGACGCCACAAAUACAGGAGCAGCGAGGAGAAGAGCACCCGCAAGAGACAUUAUGAUGAUACCAAGAGCUCUAAACACAACGGUUGCUCACCAGAGAAACGUCGGCGCAUGGACAACGGUGACGAUGGUAGUGAUCAUAAACUCCCCUCCUACCAUGCCUCACCCACAAAUGGUUCAUGCCAUCACCAUCUAAAUGGGUUCACAGGUACGAUAGGUGAUUUACAGUAAAAUUCACCCUCAAAAAUUAUAAAAUACUACAUCUAACGCUGCUGUUGUGCUUGUUGAUGUUAAGUGUUGAUUGCAUUUUGCAGGAAAUAGCUACAGCCAAACUAACGGAGACUCCCACACCCUCUCCAGUGGCUUGAAGCACUAAAAAAACUCUGUAAGUGGGCGUCCUUCUCCUGAUGAUCACAGAUUCUUUGGCACUGUUUUACCUAAUAGACAGCAGGAGCUCUUAUCAUGGAUGCAAUUUUCUCUGUUCUAACUCUGUCUCUGCAAAAAGAUAACACGUGUGCCUCUUUUUUCUCUCUCUUCAGCCCCAUCACCACCAUCGUAACAACAGCAAAGGAAUGACAUCUACCUUUCGAAGUGGUGCUUCUAAAAUGGGAAUAAAAAUAUUUUAACUGCAACUAAAAUAUUUUAAAUGUUCUGAUAUUGCUUUUCUUUUUAAAGGCAUUGGUUUUUAUUUUAUUUUUUUGCUGUUAUUCUCCUAGAAACGGUUUAAAAACUGUCACAUUGAACAUUUAUGAUGAAAAAUAUUAAUAUAUACUUGUACGAACACAAACAAAAGCCUGGAGCUUAAACAUCUCAGCUGCUGCUCUGUGGAACUCAGGACUUGAAACGUAACAUACUUCACCGGUAUUCACCAACCACUUCAAAUCCGACUGAAACUAAAGGGAAAAGGGUUGCCUAAGAGGAAUAACCGACUUCAAGUUAAAGAUGUCACCGUAACUAUGGAGUCAAAUGCUUCUUGUUUUUCUUAGAUCCCCCUGGGACCGGACAGACUAACAGAGGGUGUUAUUUAUGAAUGAAACAGAGGAGGGGCAGUGAUGGGAACAUGGCUUUUCUGACUGAUACCUCCACGUUAAACCCUGGACAGACUUGAGAACAUUUCCCUGCUUUUUAACAUUUUUAAGUUUCCACUUUUCUUUGGAGCCUAAGAUUCACUCUGUAAUUUUUAAACUUUUUCAUGUAUGCAGAGGUGUUUCUCUGGAUCAUGCCUCUCUCUUUCUUCUCUCAUUUUUUUUUUCUUAUUUUAAACAUUUAAAGAGAAAAAUGCGUCAAAAAAUUUGUUAUAGCUGUGGACCAUUUUGUGUUUGCUUUUUAAUGAAAAAUACAGUUUGUGUCUUCUAGCGUCAUCAAAAAUACUGUGAAUUUAAUUUUGAACUGUACUAUCAGUUACUUUUAUAUGUCGAAAUCCUGUAUCAGGGUUCUCAGUAGUUUUGUUUUGCUUUGAUUUUAGAAAAUCUCACGUUCGUUUCGACCAUAUUCUCUGGACAAAUGUCUACAAUGAGUAUGGUUUGCUUUUUGAUUGUUUUUUUUUCCCCCAUCUUACCAGGAGUUGAAAAACUGCUGUUAUAUCUUUAGUUUAGCAUGUCAGAAUUUAUACAUUGUAUAAGGUAAAGGCCUUAAAAUACAUUUGUUAUGUCAGAAAUUGUGAUUUGUUGGUCUUGGUCUUGACUUUGUAAGCUGUGGUGCAAUGAAUGAACAGUGUGAAUUGAGAUGACUCAAGAGUCAACAAAGUGAUAAAGCUCAUGUCUGCCUUUGUAUUAUAUUGUCAGUGAGAGACUGAUUGUACUUGAGCCUCUUGCUGAAUCACAGUUUCUGAUUUAGGUACAUCAUGUGAGGAUGGAAGCUGAUAGCACUCUUCUGUAAUCAGGUUUUGUUAAAUACACACUUUUCUAGCUGUUCUGAUCAGCAAUAUGGUU